UCACAUCCAUUGCUUUCCACACCAAAGCUUCAGGUCUUAAGCCAUGGCAGGAAGAGGCAUCCUCCAAAGUGAAACCCUCCUUAAGUAUAUCUUAGAAACCAGUGUGUUUCCAAGGGAACAUGCUCAACUGAAGGAAGUAAGAGAGGCAAUUGUUAAGAAGUAUGGCCACAUGAGCGUCAUGGGUGUGCCUGCUGAUGAAGGGCAGUUCCUAGCAAUGCUUUUAAAGCUCACGAAUGCUGUGAAGACAAUAGAGAUCGGUGUCUUCACUGGUUAUUCCCUUCUCACCACUGCUCUUGCAUUGCCCCAUCAUGGCAAGAUAAUUGCAAUAGACCCAGAUAAGGAAGCAUGGAGUAUUGGUUUACCUUUCAUCCAAAAGGCCAAUGUGGAGCACAAAAUCAACUUCAUUGAUUCACCUGCCAUGCCAGUCCUGAAUGAAAUGUUAACCAAUGGUAACCAUGAAGAAGAAGGUUUUGACUUUGCAUUUGUGGAUGCUGACAAGGAAAAUUACAUGGAAUAUCAUGAGCUACUAAAGAAACUAGUUAAAGUAGGAGGGAUUAUUGCAUAUGAUAACACUUUGAUGUAUGGAGCAGUUGCAAUGGGGGAGAAUGAUGAGAUGCCAUCAUUCAUGAGGAUUUGCAGAGGACCCUUGAUGAAGUUGAACAGCUUCUUAGCUUCUGAUUCCCGGAUCGAACUAUCACACAUUUCCAUUGGUGAUGGCCUUACCAUGUGUAAGCGUCUCUAUUAACAUUUUAAUUUCUAAACACACAAACUCUCUCUCUCUCUCUCUCUCUCUCUCUUAAAUCAGAGUUGGUAAGCAU